GGCAAAGAGAUGACAAAAGCUGGUGUUCAGGGAGAACAGAUAAAGGCAGAUUAAUACUAAUUACAGUGAAGGCAGAAAAAGAGUUGCGGAAAAAAAGGAAGCCAGCAGAAUCUGAAGAAAAGAGAAAAUAGUGAACUACAGUCUAUAGAUUCUAACAUGCAGGGAAGCAUGAGAUUGUGGAUGUCUGCACUGACUGUAUGUCUGUCUUUUCUGAUAUGCUUGGGAACAUUUGCAGAGGCAUACCCUUCAAAACCAGACAACCCAGGGGAAGACGCUCCUGCAGAGGACAUGGCUAAAUAUUACUCUGCAUUGAGGCACUAUAUCAACCUCAUAACAAGACAGAGGUAUGGGAAGAGGUCUAACCCAGAGGCAAUGCUGUCAGACGUUUGGUGGAGAGAAAGCACAGAAAACAUCCCUAGAUCUCGGUUCGACGACCCUCCCAUGUGGUGAUGAAAAUAGAAGAUCAUCUUUUCCACGUUUUUGAUCCAUGUUUCAUUGCUAUACGACAAAUCAGACUUUAUCAACCCUUGAACACACACUCAAUGCAUGCAGACAUUUGCUGAAUUCUGUAGAGUUGUUUAAUUUCUCCAUUAUACCUGUACAUAAACACAUUUACCAUUGAUAUAAAUACGUUGUGCAUUGGAAAGCACAAUACAAAGAUACACUGUAGGUUUUUGCCUAUCCAGGAAGUUUAACCACUUCCCUGCCAGAAGGAUGUAUAACACAGUUGUAGGUCUUCUGGGAAAAAAGGGGAUCAAAAUCAGAAGAAAAUUGUGUAAAUACCCUUCCUUAAAAAAAGUCUCUUUAUGUUACGUCUCCAGCUGCAACUUUAUUUCACGUGUAUCUUUCGUGUGAAAAAAGUAAGAUACUGUUUGUUGCAAAUCUUUAUGUAACACAAUUUAGCAGAAUAAAGUCCUUUAAAAACUGUUUUCAAAACCAGCCUUCAAAAUAAAGUAUUAUUUGUUACGUUUAA